CGGUGGGGCCUCCAAGCCGCACUGCGGCCUCUGGGCGGUCUCGAGCGUUACGUCCAGACGGGAGCUGACCGGACAUAAAGGAGCACCGGCGCCCGGAACGUUUCUUUCUCACACUGCCGUCGCACUGGAGACCCGAAGCUGGGGACGCUGGAAGCUCACCCCCUCUGCGGGUCUCUUUCGCACCCGGCGCGCGGUGGGGGGGCCCGGGCGGGAUGGGGCGGGGCUAGUGACUACGUAGACUCGGUGUUCCGUGGAUAGCCCCACGACGGCGGCGGUCUGGGCCCCUUUAAGGUGUAGGGAUCAAGCCCCUCGUGCGGCUUCCCAAUCCCGGGCAGGUCACGUGGCUUCACACCUUCGCUUGGCGCCCGAGAGGGCGUCCUGAGGGCGGGGCUGACCAGGUAGUGUGGCGCGAGGGCGGAAGACUGGCGGGGCUCCGAGCCCGGGAGACCCGCGGGGUUGGCGGCUUUGAGGAAGAAGAAGCAGGAAGGAUAAAAGAUUGCUGGGACAACCAGGAAGCACCUGCUCUCUCCACGUGUAGCAAUGCCAAUAUCUUUCGAAGGAUAAAUGCCAUAUUGGAUAAUUCUCUGGAUUUCAGUAGAGUCUGCACUACACCUAUAAACCGAGGAAUUCAUGAUCUUUUGCCAGACUUCCAGGACUCUGAAGAAACAGUUACAGGCAGGAUGCUUUUUCCAACCUCUGCGCAAGAAUCUUCCCGUGGCCUCCCAGAUGCAAAUGACUUGUGCCUUGGCCUGCAGUCCCUCAGUCUGACAGGCUGGGACCGACCCUGGAGCACCCAGGACUCAGAUUCCUCAGCCCAGAGCAGCACACACUCGGUACUGAGCAUGCUCCAUAACCCACUGGGAAAUGUCCUAGGAAAACCCCCCUUGAGCUUCCUGCCUCUGGAUCCCCUUGGGUCUGACUUGGUGGACAAGUUUCCGGCACCCUCAGUUAGAGGAUCACGCCUGGACACCCGGCCCAUCCUGGACUCUCGAUCUAGCAGCCCCUCUGACUCAGACACCAGUGGCUUCAGCUCUGGAUCAGAUCAUCUCUCAGAUUUGAUUUCAAGCCUUCGCAUUUCCCCACCUCUGCCCUUCCUGUCUCUGACAGGGGGUGGUCCCAGGGACCCUUUAAAGAUGGGGGUAGGGUCUCGGAUGGACCAAGAGCAAGCUGCUCUUGCUGCAGUCACUCCCUCCCCAACCAGUGCUUCAAAGAGAUGGCCAGGAGCUUCUGUGUGGCCGUCCUGGGACCUCCUCGAAGCUCCCAAAGACCCCUUCAGCAUAGAGAGAGAGGCCAGGCUGCACCGACAAGCUGCAGCUGUGAAUGAAGCCACCUGUACCUGGAGUGGCCAGCUUCCUCCCCGGAACUAUAAGAACCCCAUCUACUCUUGCAAGGUGUUUCUAGGAGGUGUUCCUUGGGAUAUUACAGAAGCUGGAUUAGUUAACACCUUCCGUGUUUUUGGCUCUUUGAGUGUGGAGUGGCCUGGUAAGGAUGGCAAGCACCCCCGGUGUCCUCCCAAAGGGUAUGUGUAUCUGGUCUUCGAACUGGAGAAGUCUGUCCGAGCCUUGCUUCAGGCUUGCUCUCAUGACCCGCUGAGCCCAGAUGGCCUGAGUGAAUAUUAUUUCAAGAUGUCCAGCCGAAGGAUGCGCUGCAAGGAGGUGCAGGUGAUCCCCUGGGUAUUAGCCGACAGUAACUUUGUCCGGAGCCCAUCUCAGAGGCUUGACCCCAGCAGGACGGUGUUUGUCGGUGCUCUGCAUGGAAUGCUAAAUGCUGAGGCCCUGGCAGCCAUCUUGAACGACCUAUUUGGUGGAGUGGUGUAUGCUGGGAUUGACACAGAUAAGCACAAGUAUCCCAUUGGAUCUGGUCGUGUGACUUUCAAUAACCAACGGAGUUACCUGAAAGCAGUCAGCGCUGCUUUUGUGGAGAUCAAAACCACCAAGUUCACAAAGAAGGUUCAGAUUGACCCCUACCUAGAAGAUUCUCUGUGUCAUAUCUGCAGUUCUCAGCCUGGUCCUUUCUUCUGUCGAGAUCAGGUCUGCUUCAAAUACUUCUGCCGGAGCUGCUGGCACUGGCGGCACAGCAUGGAGGGCCUGCGCCACCACAGCCCCCUGAUGCGGAACCAGAAGAACCGAGAUUCCAGCUAGAGGAGCUGGCCUUGCCCAGUGGCCUGUGGCGCCUGAAGCUGGCAGGUCAGGCAAGCAGCCUGCACCACCCUGCCAUUGGCGACCAGGGAGCUGGCUUCCUGAGGACAAGGGAAAAUUGUAGUCACCUUUGCACUUGCUGAAUCUGUCUUUGUUUCUGCACUAAUUAAUGCACAUUGAGUUUUGUCGGGUUUUGUUUUCAGGGGGUAUGCCAGGGGCAAGGACUCUCUGGCUUACCCUCCAAGCGACUCUGUAGUUUUCCCAGAUUUUAGUUCCUCAUUUUGCAGAUGAAAAGCGGAAAAAAAAAAAAAAAAAAAAAAAACUACGUGUCCAGAAGGUAUUGAGGUAUUUACACGGAUGCCUACACCUAGGUUUAUUUAUUAAAAGCGCUUUUUUACAUUCCUUGCAAUACUGAUGGUGAUGAUGCGCAGGUCUCAUUGGUUUCAUUCUUGCAGUUGCCAUACAGUGCCUUUCCAUUUAUUUAACCCCCACCUGAACGGCAUAAACUGAGUGUUCAGCUGGUGUUUUUUACUGUAAACAAUAAGGAGACUUUGCUCUUCAUUUAAACCAAAAUCAUAUUUCAUAUUUUACGCUCGAGGGUUUUUACCGGUUCCUUUUUACACUCCUUAAAACAGUUUUUAAGUCGUUUGGAACAAGAUAUUUUUUCUUUCCUGGCAGCUUUUAACAUUAUAGCCAAUUUGUGUCUGGGGGACUGCUGGUCACUGUUUCUCACAGUUGCAAAUCAAGGCAUUUGCAACCAAGAAAAAAAAAUGUUUUUGUUUUAUUUGAAACUGGACCGGAUAAACGGUGUUUGAGCGGCUGCUGUAUAUAGUUUUAAAUGGUUUAUUGCACCUCCUUAAGUUGCACUUAUGUGGGGGGGUGGGGUUGAUAGAAGUUUUUAAUCACAAAGUCACAGGACUUUUUUCUUUUGUAACUGAGCUAAAAAGGGCUGCUUUUCAGUGGGGGCAGAUGAAGGCUCACAGGAGCCCUUUCUCUUAGAGGGGACAAGUACCCUUCCCUUAUAUCUUUAAUUUGAGGAAUGUAUGAGAUAACAGUUGCAGUUGACUGAAAUGCUACUGGAAUUUGAAAACUUGACUUUUUUCUUUCCU